CAUUAAUGAUUGUUGCAAAUAUCGAAAUAUGGCGGAAUCUUGUUUUUGCGUUUAUUAGUCUAUAAAAAGAUAAACUAUCGUUAAAUUACUGAAAAUCUUCAAAGCGCUGGCAGUUCUUGAGUUGAAAAAUGUAUUAGUUUCAUUUCACAUGUGAAUUCUUUAGUUAAUCUUUUAAUUGGAUAUGCUCGCAAAAACUUGUCAAGUGAUUUUUCAACGUGUAGAUUUUUAAUAAAACUUUUUUGUAGGUCCUUCGAAAACUCAAUUUUAAUUAAAAUACAGAUGAGAAUUUCUGUAAAACAAGAAUAAGUUACAUCACGAUGAUAUUGAUGGAUUUGGAGAGGUUAAUGAUAUUAUAAGUGAUAAGUGUUUUGGUAAGGUUAUUUUUACGAGACAAUGUUUUUGAAUAAUACUGAAAUACUUUAUCUCGUGUUCCUGUGAACGGAUCACGGCAAAAUGUAUUGUAAAAUACAUUCAACCAAUUAGUCAAUAGUUAAAGUAUAAAAUAAAACGAAGAAUACAAUGACUAGUAACGAGUUUGACUCUGAGUUCUUUGAGCGGAAACUUCUUGCAUUGAAAGACUCGCAGGAUUCAAUUCAGAGUCUUUCAGCUUGGUGCCUUGAAAGAAGGCAACAUCAUAAAAAAAUUGUGGCCACAUGGUUGCAGGUUCUAAAAAAGGUAAAAGUGGAACAUCGACUGACACUUUUCUACUUGGCCAACGAUGUUAUUCAAUAUUCGAAACGAAAAAACUUUGAAUUUGUUGAAUCAUGGGGUACAACCUUGCAACGAGCGACAACAAUGGUUCGUGAUGAGAAAGUGAAACAUCGCAUUUUACGAAUAUUCAAAAUUUGGGAUCAGCGUCAAGUCUACGAUGAAGAAUUUCUCACCGACUUGUCUGGUCUCAUCCAGGCAGCGCCAAAAAAGAAAGCAGAACCGCAGCCAGUUGUUCCCGAAGAGUUUCAAGCGGCUUUGCUCAUUUCAACAAUGCGAUCUUGUUCCACUUUGGAACAAGCCACUGACGCCAGACUACGCGAUUUAAGAGAAAGUAAUGUAGAUAUUGACAACGCUGAGGAACUUUGUGCUUCUCUGAAGGAUCGAAGGCACGUCGAGGAUGCAGAGAAGGAAGUUGAAGUUGCUGUGAGGAAUGUUGAAAAUUAUGUGCGCGCUCUUGAAGCUGAAAUCAGGGAACGAACACAGGUUCUGGAAUUGCUUGAGCAAGCUGAUCAGUUUUACGAAACUCAACGAGGGGAAGUCAAGAUUGUUACCAACGCCUACAGAAACUUUGGAAGUAGAGUGAAGCAUUUAAAGAAGAAGUUGGACGAACUUCUACCUAUGUUAACUUCCCCGAUACCAUCGCCGGACAUAAAUGCACCGAGUCCAAGUCCAGACAGUGACAUUGACCUGCCCGGAGAAGAACUUCAAUUAUCGAGUCAGAAAUCUGCGAUUAUUGAAAUUGCACCGCCCAUUAUGUAUGGGUCCUAUAAUCCUGAUUACGAACCAUCUACCGCUGGCCUCUUAAAUCAAACUGGAGACUUUACUCCCAAUUUUUCUUCAUUCAUGGAUGGGAACAUGGACUUCGAUAUGCGAAACGUAUUCAGCGAGAGUUCGAUGACACCUAACACUAAUCAAAUUGAAGUAAUAAAUUCUUCUGGACGGGAAAAGAAUGAAGAUUUUAGUAUAUCUAGUUUCUUGAAGACAGUUCUCCCAACAGCUGAAGGGCCAAUGGAUGCUGGCGACAUACCUGGAUUGGGCGAUGCUUUGGACUCAAGUCAAGGGGAUAUAUCACAUGGAGAUUAUAAUAUUAGUCACAUUCCUGGAACACCAAUAAAUAAAAGAUUAACGAACAAUCUAUCAAAUGUAAAUAAUCAUCACAUGCUACAUAGUACACCGAUAGCAAUGAGAACUCUGAGUGGAGAGUCUCAUACAUCUUCUCCUUAUUCGAGUCAAAAUAGUCAGAAUAAUAUCUUAACUUUUGAUGGCAAUCUAAAUUCUGCAAAUCCAUUGCCGCCGCCACCACUACCACCACCCAUUUUUCUUGACGAUGAAAAUUGUUACAAUAAAUUACCUUCCAAGUUCCCAACGUGGACUUCUAAUGAAGUUUCAAAAGAGCCGCCUAAUUGGGACGAAAAAGUCAAAAACAGUAUGAAUCCAACUUGGCAAGACGGCGAGGAAGGUGAUGAAGAGAAGGAGAAAAAUGCUUGGGGAGACACAAAUAAUAGAGGUUGGAAUUUGCAUUCUGAUAAUAUUUGGGCGAGCAAUGCACGAGAUAAUGAUAUUCUUUUGGAAACCCCAGAAUCACCGCCUAUUUACGAGAAAGCUGGAUUUCGAGAUCCUGUUGAAUAUAAUGAUUCUCAGCCGCAAGAGCCUCUUCUCAGUAGUGUCGGAGAUGUUGAUCACAGAGUCAUACCUCUUCCAAUGCUAGGUACACAAUUACCUUAUCGACUCAUGAAAGGAGAUGUAGAUCAUCGAAAUCUUAUCAGUUUAACUGGCAGCCCAGCUAAUCAAAGUACUACCAAUGACUCUUCACCUGUUUCUCAUUCUCACAAUACUCUAUGGUCUAGUACUGAUCAAGAUUAUCGGCAAGUGCAAGCAGGAGAUAAUGUCGAAAGUGUGGAUAUGGAAUUGUCAGAUGAUGAAAAUGAAGUUAAGCAAAAAGGAAGAGGAGUGUUGGUAGAUGUGCGAACACAAGACCGAAAUAUGCGGCCACCUCCUCCAGUUCCCGAAACCUCACAUCACAUGGACAUGGACAUGAGGAUGAUCCCUCUUCCAGGAGGUUGUGGUCCUCAGGAUGUUCACAAUAUUCAUCAAGCACCUCCGCCACCACCCCCUCCUCUUCCUUCUCAACAAUUUCAUCAUAGGUCCGCAGAUUUCCAACAAAAUAACCCCAUAGAAUUUAGACAAAACGAAGGAAAUUUCCAAUCUGAGGGCCAUCCUCCUUUUAAUGCCAUUAGAGAGGAUUUUCCUUCAAAUUUACAAAAUUUUCCUUCAAAUCGAGAAAAUUUCACUUCACUUCAACAAAAUUUUGGACCGAAUACACAAAAUUUCCCACCAAAUGUACAAAAUUUUUCACAAAAUCUACUUAAUUUUCAUCAAGACUUUCACACUGGACACGAUUUUGAUUAUCGUGAUAAUCAACACGAACGUUGGAAUAAGGACGAAUCGAACUCUCAUGGGAGAUUUUCACAAUAUGAUCAACAAAGGGAUAAUUUGCAUCGGAGUGAUCGAGUCGAUCGUGGCGGCGGUGGUCGUGGUCGAGGAAAUCGUGGCAAUAGAAGAGACAAAUUUCCCGAUGAUCAUAGUAAAAAGAAUAGUCGUAGGCAACGAUCUCAUGAUCAUGUACAAAUAUCCUCACCUGUGGUGCUACAGAAUAAUAAUCCAGUUUUGAUAGAAACUACCAAUGGUGAAACGAAAACCGGACAAAAAGAGUUCACUGAGAAUCAGGAAGCAAGGAAACAGGAUUUUAGUCUUCCGAACAAUAGGCUUUCGGAAGAAAAUCAGCAAUCGGCUAACAGCGGCAACAUUAAUAGCAAUGUUAAAAAUAGUAAUCAAUCUACAGGAUCUAAAAAUAGUUCACUCAUUGCUGCUGACUCUAAGACUCCUGAACACAAAGGAAAUGUGAAAGAAAGUGAAAAAAAUAAAAGCGCAGGAAAUUCAGAGACACCGAAGCAGCUUUCAGAACAGUUGGAAGCACUCAUGAAAUCAUCAAAAAAUUCACCUCAGCCUUCAAAAAGAUCGUCGAUUAAUUUAGCGGAUAGUCACAAGUCAGUAGAAUCUACUUCAAAAAAUUUCGUACAAGUGAUAAAUGGACCGUUGCUCUCGACACCCAAUGGACCUCCGCUGGGUCCAUCGAUUCCUCAAGCUUCGCCUGUUCCACCUAGUUUAACUUGCCCUCUCGGUCCACCCUGCAUUCCGGGCAUACCUGAAUUGCACCCAGUGGUUGUUUUCGACUAUGAGACUCCCAACGCUUCGCCAAUGUUCCGGCCUCGAAUGCGGGGAGUGCCGCCGACUUCUCCGUUCGCUCCCUGGCGAGGAGGAAUGCCUCCUCACCGUGGAAGGCCAGGAUUCAGAGGAGGACCGCGUCUUCCUUGGCCAAAUAACAGUCCUCGUGGCCCUACUGCCAACAGUUUUUCUCCUCGGAAGCGCGGAAGUAGUACGCAAUUUAGAGGCGGAACUUUCAGAGGUCGAGGUCGUGGAAGUUGGUAAUGAAAAAAACUGUGACUUGACUUUUUGAACGAAGUAAAACUUGGGAAAAUACUGUUGAAAAUCUCACGCUAGUCUUUUCCAUACUGUGUAUAUAUAUAUAAAACAUUUUUUUCAUGUUUGUCUUAUCCCCAUUAUAUACUUUCAGUUCACAAAUCAUGGAGAUUUUGAGAGUAGUUGAAAAAAUUUUAAAUAAGUGCGUACAAAUAAAAUCAUAUGAUCUGGAAGUGUUA